AUGGGGAAUCUCUCCUCGUCUUUGCAGUAUUUUGAUGCAUCUAACUGCAAGAUACUAGGCAACAUUCCAGGUGAAAUAGGAAACUUGAGCAACAUCUUCGCAAUCGAUCUUACAUCCAAUCGAUUGACGGGGUUCAUUCCAUGGGAAAUACAUAAAUCGAAGAAGCUUCAAUACUUGGGCCUUUAUCAGAAUAAGUUACAUGGAGUCAUUCCGAAUCAACUCUGUGAGUUACCAUCAUUGUUUACUUUAGAUUUGGAGGACAAUAAUUUCUCUGGACGAAUCCCAGAAUGCUUCCCCAAUGUGACUUCCUUAAGAGAACUUUACUUGGGAUUCAAUAUGUUAAGCUCUGUGGUACCUUCAUCAUUUUGGGAUCUCACCUACUUGUUGCACUUCAGUCUAGCCAGAAACAAUCUGAUCGGUUCUAUAUCUCCACAACUUGGAAACUUCAAGGACUUGAUCAUUAUGGAUUUAUCAGGAAAUCAGUUAUCAGGUGACAUUCCAGCAAGUAUCGGAGGCCUUACAAACAUACAAAAUCUGUCUCUUGCACUGAAUAAUUUCCAAGGUCCCAUUCCUGAAGCCAUUGGGAACUUGGUCAGCCUCGAGUUCUUGGAUUUGUCAGCUAAUAAUCUCACUAGUAUCAUCCCCAAAACAAUGGAGUCAUUGAGGUAUCUGAAACAACUCAAUGUCUCUCAAAAUGGGUUAUGGGGAGAAAUUCCAAAUGGCGGGCCUUUUGCAAAUAUGUCUUCCGAAUCAUUUUUGUUGAAUCCUGGCCUAUGUGGCUUACCCAAAUUUGGAGUGCAACAAUGCACACAAGGACACAACAAGCACUUUGACAAGUUACUAAUUGCAGUUGUGGUUUCGAUCGUCUUGUCACUAGCAAUUGUUGCUUUCACUUUGACAGUAAUGAUACGCCGCCGAAAAAGGAGCUCGGAAGAGGUGAAGGAAGAAUUAUUGGCUUCAGUAACAUGGAGAAGAAUCUCCUUGCUCGAGCUUCAACGAGCUACUAAUGGAUUUGACGACUGUAACUUAUUGGGAAAGGGAAGCUUUGGUCGUGUGUACAAAGGUGUUCUAGCUGAUGACACCAAUGUAGCGAUAAAGGUGUUUGAUGAAUUGGAAGGAGAAGCUGAUGAUGAUGAUGAUGAUGAUGACAUAUUUGGUAAUGAUACUGAAUGUGAAGUUUUACGAAAUCUCCGCCACAGAAAUCUCAUUAAAAUUAUCAGCACUUGUUACACGACUGGUUUCAAAGCAUUGGUAUUGGAGUUCAUGCCUAACGGGAGCUUGCAUAAGUGGCUAUAUUCGCACAACUACUUUCUCGACAUUUUUAAGAGGUUUGACAUUUUGAUCGAUGUUGCAUCGGCUCUUGAAUAUCUACAUCAAGGUUAUUCCAUUCCAGUUGUUCAUUGUGAUUUGAAGCCAAGUAAUGUAUUGUUGGAUGGAGAUCUCGUUGCUCAUAUAGCUGAUUUCGGCAUUUCCAAGUUCCUUGGAAGCGGGGAUUCCAUGACACGAACGUUGACCCUUGCUACAAUUGGAUACAUGGCACCAGAGUUUGGCAUGGAGGGAAUAGUGUCAACAAAGAGCGAUGUGUACAGUUUUGGAAUUCUUGUGAUGGAAGUGUUCACUAGAAGAAACCCGACAGAAGAAUCAUUUCAAGAGGGGAUGAGCAUGAAGCAAUGGGUUACGACAUUAGUGCCCGAGGGAGUCACGAAGUAUGCUGAUGCAAAUCUAAUGAAUUGCAACAAUAUGGCCCACAAAUGCAAUGACGGGCGAAACCCUGGCAUCCCACCUCUAGCCGAUCAGCUUCUAGAACUCUGCGACUUCUUGUUAGGAGAGAGUGCGAGCGAGUUUGCUGAAGCUGAAGCUGGGGUGGGAAUGUAG